UAUUUUAGUAGAAAAAACGAUAUUAUUUCGAUUUGUUCGAUAGGCGCCGAAGCCAAGCCGGCAAACUAAAAACAGAAACAAAUUAAAGAAUUUUUUUUUAUAAAUUGUUAAAGAAUGGCUCAAUCAAGCUCCAUGAAGCUGCUUGGCGCACGCAACAUGAGUUGCAUUGUGGAGCGCAUGGAGUGGAACAACAAAAUGGAUUUAAUAGCCUACGGCACUGAGAAAGGCGAAGUAAUUAUACAGCGGCUAAACUGGCAAAAGAUUGUGACAUUUCCGACGCCCGGAGAGGAUGUACGCGUCCGUUCGCUCAGCUGGCAAAUGGAUGAGACGCUGCUGGCGGUCGGUUACAGCAAUGGGAAAGUGGCGCUGUUGGAUGCGGAGAGUGAAACCAUAAUAUCGGGCUUGAUUUACGAGGACGACAUCAAGAAGGUGUACUUUAGCAAGGCAAUCAACUGCAGAGAAAGCCUCGACAGUUACACAUGCACUGCCAAGGACAAGCACAAGCGUUAUUUGCCAAAACUGCCACCGCUUACCAAUAUUGAUCCCUGCCUGAAGACACUUGACCAGAAGUCGUUUCCCAAAGGAUCACCCUGUUUCCUGGUGGUUAUCAUGCGCAGCGGCAAAGUCCAUUUGCUGCUACUGGGCGCCCUACAAGCGGGCAGCAUCGAUCUCACCCAGCACAUUCUGCAUCCGGAGAACUUUGAUGUGUAUGAUGUGCGCUUAAAUGGUGACUUUAAUGCCAUUUACGCGCUGCUCCGCGAUGGCCAACAGUUGAAGCUGCUGCACUUUCACAACCAAGUGCUACAGGACAGCAUAUCGCCCAUGCUGGAGCUGGCUUCCCACUGCGCCAAUAUACUGGAAACCAAAAAUUACAUCAACGAUACACAACAGUGCCUGACGGAGGCUUGGGAGACGGUUCAACUGGAGAUGGACAAUAAACUGACCAAGUAUGCCAAUUCACAGGCUUAUGGCAUGAUAUCUGCCAACUUUCUGGAGCUGCUCGUAUUCGGUUAUGCAACCUUGGAGGUCGAGGAGUUUUUGUUCGAAACGCUGACGGAGAAGGUAUUUAAGAAGAUCGCCAAUUCGGUGGACUUGAGCCUUAAUAAUCUACAGGGAUUGGUCUUUAAGCAAUUGAAUGGAGCUGCCAUCAACAUGUUUUACUUUCUCAAUACAAUCGCUGGCUUUGGUCGCAUGACGCAUUUCUUUGAUGCACUCAUCUCUCCAGAUGUGGCCAGCGAGGCAAUGCGUGCUUGUGGCGCCUUCUUGCUGAAGGUUCACGAACUGCAGCGGACAAUUGAUACGCUGGUGAAUGACAUGAAGCUGUUUCAUUCUUGGAUUAUAUUCACCAUACUGCGUCUGUCCAAUCAGGAGAUACCCGAUGACAUGAUCUUUACCGGCAAGGAGAACGUUGCAUUGGUCGAAUUCUUCUGCAACAUGGAACCGGAUCUUCAGGGUCAAUGUGAAGGUGGCGAUGAGCGAGAUGCAACGACAUCUGCCGACACAGAAGACUCAUCAUCCGACGCAAGUCCAAAUCCCAUGCUUACACGCAGUAAAUUCAAUCUGGAGCGUGUGGGACAAUAUCUGGAGAAUACAUAUUUGACGCAGCCACAGCCAUUAAAUUCAUCGGAGCUCUGGUCGCGAAUGCUCGCCGAGAACGAAUGCCUGGCCGAGUGCAAUCUGUUUGUGCCCCAUGACAAGAAGCUCUCGCUGAUACAGCAGCGGGAGAAAAUGUUCAAUGCCAUUGAUGCAGUGUUCCACAAGCCGACAGAGAGCAUUAGUGCCAGCUUUAAGCUGACCACGGCUGUGAUAUGUGGCGAUCUGCCGCAGUUUGCCUGUGAGCCAUCGCUCGAACAGGAGGAUCAGUUGUCCAACUAUGAUUUCAUCAACUGCAGCUACCAUGUGCAUGAGGCAAGCAAAUGUGAUAUGUUGGCGGUGACAAUCAGCUGGCAGGAGGCCAUGAUACUGGAGUUUAGUCGCGGCGAGGAUUGCCUCUUGCGUUGCACGCGGGUUCAACUGUUCCCUGGUCCAUUUACGCCGCAACUGCACGAUGAUUACUACAAUCUACGCUUUGUCGAUCUACAGUUCUAUAACGAAUCCGCAAUCUCAAUGCUGGCACAGACAACAACACCCACACCCGGUGUACGGCCGCACAGUUACUUUGUGCAGUUCUCCUUGAGUGCGGCACGCAAUCAAUGCACCCAGCAUCAGUUGGCGCCACUCAUGAAGCUGCCGGAGGCGACGGUCACGCACAGCAUACACGAUAUACCGGAUGCGGCCACAUUUAAGGCAUUAGAUGGCGUCUGCGAAAUGCUGGCCGUAUCCGGCAGUCGCAAAGUUGCCACCGUGCUCUCUGACCGACGCCGCAAGAUGACCAUAUUCGAAAUGGAAAUCGAAGAGGAGGAGGAUGACACUGAAAUGUCGCAAGCUUCGUUCUUGGAGAUCAGCAAAGAAUCCGUGCUAGCCGACAAAUCCGAUGCGUAGUUAAUUCCAUCAAUUACACAUUUGUUACGCGACGAGUAUUUCCCCUAAAAUAUUUAGUCGUUAAAUCAAUAAAACUCUUAAUAAUGUACAGACUUA